GCCUGAAAUGCUGCAGCCAUCGCCAUCACAUCCUGGGCCUCUGGAGACAGCGAUCAUAUUUGUGUUUGACUGGCUUUACUGCGUGUUAAUAAAGGGGACCUGUCUUUGACUGCAGCCUCUUCUCACCCCCUCUGUUUAUGUCUGAGGAUGGGAGGAGUCUCCCUUCGAGUCCACUUCCUCCUGCUGGCUGAUACGCACGCUCACAAAUAUCUGAGCACCCGGUGCCGCGGUUAUUACUGAGACUGCAGGAUGGAGAGGAUGUAGCACGGCUGCCGAGGAGCAAACCGUCCAAUCAGAGGCCCGAUGAGACAAGAGCGGGUUAAUCCACCACACAGAGCGCCGAGCAGCACGCGUGCUCUGGACAGAUGAACGAGUCAGGGUGAAACAGUGUGAGCGGCAGUAUGAUGGUGAUCAACAAGUCUGAAGAAGACAUGAGCAACUGCAGCAUCAACCAUGGGAUCCACCAGCAUGUGUUCUCCUGCGUCUAUAUCCUGGUGCUCAUGGUUGGUGUUCCUGCCAACGUGUACUCGCUAUACCACGCUGCCCUUCAGCUGAAGCAGAGGAACGAGCUGGGCGUUUACCUGAUGAACCUCACUGUGUCUGACCUUCUAUACCUGGCGUCUCUGCCUUUCUGGCUCCAGUACUUCUUUCAGGACGAUGAUUGGCGUCACCGAGAAUGGCUGUGUCAGAUGUGUGGUUUCCUGCUCUACGAGAACAUCUACAUCAGUAUCGGCUUUCUGUGCUGCAUCAGUCUGGAUCGCUAUCUGGCUGUGGUCCAUCCUUUGAGGUUCACGGCUCUGCGCUCCAUGAAAGCAGCGUCCGUCAUCAGCGCCAUCAUCUGGCUGAAGGAGAUCGCGGUGGGCGUGUUUUUCUUUCACCAUAAGGAGCUCAGCAAAGAUCCCAGUAACCACUCGCUGUGCUUCGAGCACUACCCCAUGAAGUCGUGGGAACGUCCAAUCAACUACUACCGCAUCAGCAUCGGCUUCAUGUUCCCGCUGGCCAUUCUGUUGAUUAGCUACCUGUGGGUCCUGCGAGCGGUGGGCCGGAGCGCGGGAACGCAGCCGGAUCAGAAGAUGAGGAUCAGGCAGUUAGUCAGCAGCACCAUCCUCAUCUUCCUCGUCUGCUUCUCGCCCUACCACGUCUUCCUGCUGGUGCGCACGCUGCUGGAGGAGGAAUGCAGCUUCAUCGAAGCCAUAUUUAACUACUACCACCUGUCCCUGCUGCUGACCACCCUGAACUGCGUGGCCGACCCAGUCCUCUACUGUUUCGUCAGCGAAAGCGCCCGCCGCGGCCUCUACAGAGUCGUCUUCAGACCCGUCGCCAGGAUACUCUGCUGCUGCCGUCGCCGUGGCAAUGCCAGUCCCGCCAGUCCAGCUAACGACUCCCACGAGGUUGCCACGGACGAGAACAAUGGCCAGCCGAACGUGACGCUGCUCACGCACAGCAAUACGCUGAACAACGGCCAAACGGACGCCGCCUGCAGAAACACGAGUUUAAUCACACGGAUGCACGAAGAAAGCGUCAAAGCACGAGUCACAGAGAAUAACACCUUGGAAAUGUGUGUGACAGAGAAGCAGAAACAAAACCUCGACAGGACGGAGGGACGUGGGCAGAAAUGAAAUGAUCAGCACGCCUCUGGGUACCAAUGACCCGCCUGCACGACUGUACUCCGCGGGGGCGUGUCUGUGCUGAUGCAACAGCCCAGCCUGAGGGAGGUCAGGGUGGAUCUGAGGUCUGUAGUCUGAAAGCCCCCGUUACCCCUCUGUGGCGUCUGACACAGCGCAACAUGGCUGACAAAACGCACACGAGGAGUUCUGAAAUACUGCAGAGUCUCACGGCAUCACGUCUAAUAAGACUUCAUCAUGUUAGACACACAUUCGCGUCUAAUAACUCGCCUGAAAGGCUCCGUGUGGCAGCGAUGAGGUUCCUUUCAAACAGUGAAACAGGAAGCAGAUGUGGAAGAAAUAAACCGAACGCUUUCACCGCAGCGCCGGAACAAACAACAGGACUUCCUGCACUUUGAUUUAAAGAACCACACGUAACAUGAAGGGACGCAGGAAGACCCGACAGAACAUUAGAAACGGUUAUUGAUCAGUGAUCAGAUUUGACCCAUCGAUUGGCUCCAGGAUGAUUUUGACUUAUCGAAGCAAAUUCUUUAAAACAAGUUGAGACUUUGUGACCCCUAACCUUUGGUGACCUGUUAGAAAGUGUUUCCAGAGUUCUUGUUAUCCUAAUAAAACGUAGUUUAUUAUGAUGAUGAGUCACACCGAUGUUCCUCGCUGUCAGAUAAAGUGCAGAGGAUUCAGAUUCAGGACAAAUCUGUCUCUACUUGAAGCAGAGCUGAUAACAAACCUCAUCGUUGGCAUCGGUAGACUUCAGUUGUUGAUAAUGUGAACCUCACAGAUUCCUUCAUGUUUAAAGGCAGCAGGGUUUAUGUUAGCAUGAGGAGCUUCAGACGAUGCAGCGCCUGUCCGCGGUGCUUCUCUGAAACAACAGCUGUUUGCAUGUUGAUCCACGUGCUGCACGACCUGACACAGUCUGCCGACCAAACUAUGACAUCGCAUUGCACUGAUCACGGGUCAGUAUUAGAAACAUGUAGGACCAACAUGGCUGCACCCACCUUACUGACAAUGAAAGGUCA